GUCUCUGGGUAUCUGAUCCCUUGGCACGUGUGUCUUAGCAGUUGAAGCCUCAGCAGCAGCUGUAGCAGUUCUUCCACACAGCUCCUGAAACACAGCGUGUACGGGUAGAUCAGAGUCUGAUCAGAGUCUGAGAGUCUGAGAUCAGACACUUCUAAAGACUCUUCUCUCUGUGGACAGUCUGGUGCUGUGGAACCGGUGCUGUACUGGACAUGCAGCUCCGGAGGCUUUAAGCUUUCAGUAAAGCUGGAGGAGGAGGAUUAGUUGGGGGACUGGAGGCGCAUGGCUGCCCGGCUGAGGCUGAGGCCUGUGUGUGCGCUGAGAGAACACAGCAGAGGACAUUCAGCCUAAAGUGAAGGCAGACUCUUAUUGGACUAAUGGGCUUUGAGGUGGUGACAGAGAAGCGGGUCUCUCGCUGGUACUUUGGUGGUCUUUCUUCAUGUGCUGCUGCCUGCUGUACCCACCCUUUGGAUCUUAUAAAGGUUCAUUUGCAGACUCAGCAGGAGGUGAAGAUGAGGAUGACGGGCAUGGCUCUGCGUGUGGUGCGGAGCGAUGGCGUCCUCGCUCUCUACAGCGGCCUCAGUGCCUCCAUGUGCCGACAGCUGACGUACUCGAUGACCCGUUUUGCCAUUUAUGAAACAGUACGAGACAUGGUGGCCGAUGGGAAUCAUGGACCCAUGCCCUUUUACCAAAAAGUCUUACUGGCUUCAUUUGGAGGACUCAUAGGGGGCUUUAUUGGGACUCCUGCAGACAUGGUGAACGUCAGAAUGCAGAAUGAUGUGAAGCUGCCACCAGAACUGAGGAGAAGCUAUGCCCACGCUCUCGAUGGAGUCAUCCGUGUGUGGAGAGAAGAAGGAAUAAGAAAGCUAUUCUCUGGCGCUUCAAUGGCAUCCAGCAGAGGAGCUCUCGUCAGUGUCGGACAGCUCUCUUGCUAUGACCAAGCCAAGCAGCUGGUGUUGGGAACUGGCAUCCUGACUGACAAUAUUGCUACCCACUUCAUUGCCAGCUUUAUUGCGGGAGGAUGUGCCACUGUCCUCUGCCAGCCGAUGGAUGUGGUGAAGACCCGGUUGAUGAAUUCCAAAGGAGAGUAUCGGGGGGUGAUGCACUGUCUGACGGAUACAGCCACGCUUGGACCGCAAGCUUUCUACAAGGGCCUCGUUCCAGCCGGGAUUCGUCUGAUCCCACACACAGUGCUCACUUUCAUCUUUCUGGAGCAGCUGCGUUUGUACUUUGGUAUCAGAGUGAUCACUUCAACGUGAGUGAAAGGAGCAAUCAUCGUGCGCCUCUUGUUUUCCUCGCUCGGCCUGAAUCUCCAUGUAAGGAGCAGCUCCUUAGAAGCAGCUGUGACCGGAUUACAGAUUCGAGUGAAAAUGAAAACCUGCCAGGAAAACGAAUCGUUCGAGACUAAGUGAGAGACUCUUAGUAUCGUCAGCUGAAGCUGAGAGUUUCACUGAACUGUGCCACUCUAACUGUGCCAGCAUUCAAAUGCCUUUACCUCUGUUCUUUUUUCUAAAGUGAUGGGAACGUUUUGAGGACAUACACUACCUAUCAAAAGUGUUUUUAGAACACCAAUAUUUUUUUAGUUGUCCAGUAGCAGUGCUGUAUGACACAGACAAGCUGCUUUUUGCUUUUAAUUUUUUUUUCAUCUUAUCAAUGACUUUAUUACUGCAACUCACCUGUCAGAUCUCUAAUUGUUCUCUUUACUGCUGAAACUGAGACUUCAAGAGAGUUCAAUCAUGUUAAGCUGAGCUAAAGGCUAAAGGUGCUGUUGCCAUGUGGGUCAGCCAGACGUGACUCUUCCUGUAGCAGUUUUCUCCAGUUUCCACAAGUCCACAAGACCUUUCUCUAGCUUCAUUUAUUAUUUCUCUAAAGAAAAUACUUUUACCAUAUUUUUUUGCACUAUAAGGCACAGCAAAUUAUAAUGCCCACUAUUAAUAAACGUCUAUUUUGUGGCAGACACUCAGGUUACAGUCCAAUAUAUUCAAUAUAUUAAUCAUAUAUGUGUCCCUAAUA